UUCGGUGCCAUUUGAGUCCCCAUAGCCUAAUAUGGUAUAUUUUUUGUAAAAAUUGGCCAAUACUUAUUUUUAAAAGCUCAUCUUAUAUAGUUAACCCCCCUCUACCGUAGAACACAACAGUAUGUCCCCAGGAUUAAUUGCAUUUAAAAUAAUUCCUCCAACUUUAGCACAAACAACUAAACUGCCAUGUCCCCAAUCGUGUUUGCUCAACUUCAGUUACAAAUAUAAGUAAUAAAAAUCAAAGAAAUUCUACAUUUGUCAUUAUUGUUGUAUAGCUUUGUUUAUAAUAUUCCUUACCAAAUGUUAUUUUUUGUGAUUAAAACAUUUUUAAGACUUUAAGUAUUUAAAAUAUGUUGUGUCCCUGAAUCGACUGUCCCCCCUGUUACUCUGAUGCAAGUCCCCCUGACCACCCCCCUCCGACUAUCCCUCUAGUCACAUGACUCAACAAGUAACAUUACUUUUUGGAGGGAAAUCAUCUACAAGAAGCAGAGCAAAAUGUUGUUGGAAGGAGGAAUGCGAGGCAAGGCAGAAGGAGGCUCCAGAACAAUAUUGAAGAACUAAAGGCCUUGUUGGAGAGGGAAAAGAGAAAAAAAGAAAAAUACAAGAAGAGGUGCCAGCGCUUGGCAGGGGGAAAUAAAUCGCCACGUUCUACAGUGGAUGCAAUGCUGCGCAAUCAAAGAGUUAACAACACCAUUAGGAAAAGAUUGUUGUUGCAGGAAUCAAUAAUUGAGGACAUCAGAAAUAAAUACAGAAACACUAAGAAGGAGCGGGAGAAGCAAAUUAUUGCAAAAGCAACAACUGGGAAAAUUAUAAAGAAAUACAGGCUGCAGAGGGCUGCACAGGCGACUCUGGGCUUUUCAAAGAAGCGAUGUCACAGACCAGAUGCAAGGCUCAUGACCUAUGAAAGAAAAAAGAGCAACAGAUUACCGGCUGAAUGCAAACAGAAAGUAAAGGCUUUCUAUUUAAGAGAUGACGUCAGCCGGAUGACAACAGGACGAAAGCAAACUGUCACUCAAAAGAAGAAGAAAAAGCAGAAACGUUUGCUUACUGACACAAUGAAGAAUCUGCAUCAGAAGUUCCUUUCAGAAAAUGAACAUCAGGUCUCUUACUCUUGUUUCUGCACCUUAAGACCAUUUUGGGUUGUGGUGCCAACAGAGGCUGAUCGUGAAACCUGUCAGUGUAAAACGCACGAGAACUUACAGUUCAUGGCCAACACCCUGUACAGCCACGGUCUGUCAGCAACAAAGAACCUUGAGGAGAUGGUAGAUGCAACAAUGUGCGAUCCCAAAUCCAAACUCUGCGCAUAUGGUGAGUGUAAAGACUGUGUCUACUCAACCCAUACAAUGCUUAGAGCUCCAGAAAACACAGAGAUAGCCCUAACCCAAUGGUCUCUGGAAGACAACACCAAAGUGAACGAUGGAGAGGAGUCUGGGAAAAGGUCAACAAUCACUGUGAAGAAAAAUGUGAUGAGAACAGAGGAUGAACUUGUAAGUGAAUUUCAUGACAGGCUGUUUAGAUUUAGGCGACACAUCUUUAAUAUCAGGUGGCAGUACGGGGCCUACAGACAGCUCAGAGAAAACUUGAGGAACAACGAAUGUCUACUACAUGUAGAUUUCAGUGAGAACUACUCCUGUAAGUAUUCUCAAGAAAUUCAAUCGGUCCAUUUUGGAGGGUCACAUCAGCAAGCAACCCUACAUACAGGAGUGCUGUACACUGCAGCUGAGCAGUCCCCAGUGACGUUCUGCUCCAUCUCGCCUUCUAGGCGGCACGAUCCCCCAGCUAUCUGGGCCCACCUCGACCCUGUGUUAGACAUGGUGAGGGAGAGAUACCCUCUGAUUAAUCGCCUUCAUGUCUUCAGUGACGGCCCAGCUACACAAUACAAACAGAAGGGAAACUUUUACCUAAUCUCAAAAGAGCCUUUCAAGAAAGGCUUUAAAGAUAUCAGCUGGAACUUUUUUGAGGCCAGCCAUGGAAAGGGAGCUCCAGAUGGUGUCGGGGGUACCCUUAAAAGAUCAGCUGACCAAAUCGUCCGCCAUGGAGGAGAUAUCCCCAACGCAGAGGCUAUGCUCCACCAGUUGAGGAGCGUGGGUACUUCGGUGGAACUUUUUUUUGUGGGAGAAGGAGAUGUUGAGAGGAAAGUGCAGGAAAUGAUGGAAGCGCCCCCACUUGUUCCUGUCAAAGGAACAAUGAAAAUCCACCAAGUCAUCAGUUUCUCUCCAGGGACAAUUAAAUACCGGGACAUAACUUGCCUUUGUCAGGCAGACAAAGGUGUACUGGAUUGUGCCUGCUAUGGGAUAAAGGAGGUGAGCCUGGGAGAAGAGGCAAGCCUGCAGUGCACUGAAGAGCCUUCACGGCCUGAGGCCAUCAUGAAAGAAAACAUUGGGCAGUGGUGCAUUGUCAAAUAUGAUGGUGAACCCUACCCAGGAAUCAUCCUGGAAGUUGAAGAAGACGUAAGAGUAAAAUGCAUGCAUAAGAAUGGGAUCAACAAGUUCUACUGGCCAGGUCCACGAGAGGACAUUAGCUGGUACAGAGAUGACCAGAUUGUGUGCCUGAUGAAAGAGCCACAACCUUUGAAUAAGAGGUCUGUCCAGCUAGAGAAGGAAGUGUGGAAGUUCCUAGAAAACCUGGGUUGCUGGUCUGAUAAAUAGUUUGCUGUUGCCAAGACAACUGUGAGGUCAAAGACUGAAAAAUGUUCCUGAUGUUUCUUUUGGGUGUGCAGUACAUUUGAUGGUUGAAGUGUGUGUGUGU